AUGAGUAGUCCGUUUCAGGGAAAACGACGUAUUGACACGGACUUGAUAAAGCUCAUUGAAUCGAAACAUGAGGUCACAAUACUUGGUGGCCUCAACGAAUUUUGUGUCAAAUUUUAUGGACCUAAAAAUACGCCAUACGAGAAUGGCGUAUGGAAAAUUCGAGUUCAUUUGCCGGAGCAUUAUCCUUUUAAAUCGCCAUCAAUUGGAUUUAUGAAUAAGGUUUAUCAUCCGAAUAUUGACGAAGUGUCAGGAACAGUUUGUCUUGAUGUUAUUAAUCAAAGUUGGACCGCAUUAUAUGACCUUUCAAAUAUCUUCGAAUCAUUUUUACCACAAUUAUUAACGUACCCAAAUCCAGUUGAUCCACUUAAUGGAGAUGCAGCGUCAUUAUAUUUGCAUAAGCCAGAAGAUUACAAAAAGAAAGUAGCAGAUUAUGUACGUCGAUUCGCCACUGAAGAAGCUCUUCGUGAGACCGAGAGUAAAGAAGACAGUUCCGACUCGGAAGUAUCAGAUUUUAGUGAUGAAGAUGAAGCGAAAGAUAUGGAGCUAUGA